GUCAGGGUGGAGCUGGAUGCCUGGGCGGUGACGCAAGAGCCGCCAGUCCUCCUCCGGCGGCUCGGGCCCCACCGGCAGUGGCAGCGGCAGCCGCACCUACGCCCAGACCACGCUCGGCCUGCGUGCCAGGCCUGGGUUAAAAAUGGUCUCCAGGAUGGUCUCUAUCUUGGUCUCUGGCCUACUGUUUUGGCUGCCAUUUGGAUGGACAUCGGCCUUUGCUUAUAGCCCACGGACGCCAGACCAGGUCUCAGAGACAGAGAUUCAGAGACUGCUCCAUGGCGUGAUGGAGCAACUGGGCAUUGCCAGACCCAGGGUGGAAUAUCCAGCUCACCAGGCCAUGAAUCUUGUGGGGCCGCAGAGCAUCGAAGGUGGAGCUCACGAGGGUCUUCAGCACCUGGGUCCCUUUGGCAACAUACCGAACAUUGUGGCAGAAUUAACUGGCGACAACAUUCCUAAGGACUUCAGUGAGGAUCAGGGCUACCCAGACCCUCCAAACCCCUGUCCCAUCGGGAAAACAGCAGGUGAUGGAUGUCUAGAAAACACCCCUGACACAGCAGAGUUCAGUCGAGAAUUCCAGUUGCACCAGCAUCUUUUUGAUCCAGAACAUGACUACCCAGGUCUGGGAAAGUGGGUGAGUCCAGUGUCAAUGAACAAGAAUCUGCUUUAUGAGAAGAUGAUGGGAGGACAGAGGCGCAAGCGGAGGAGUGUCAAUCCGUAUCUACAAGGAAAGAGGCUGGACAAUGUUGUUGCAAAGAAGUCUGUCCCUCAUUUUUCAGAGGAGGAUAAGGACCCAGAGUAACGAGAAAGCUCUGGGCAGAACCCACAAUGCUUAUGUGCAUGUGCUAUCGGCAUUCCUGUGAACAGCAGCAUGUUUCUUAUAUAGAUAAUUAUGAAUGAGAAGCAGCUGUGCUUGUGCUGUCCUCCACACUGACGGCUGUGCUUUCUGCUAAAUUAGAAUAAAAACUCUUUUUGUUUUGGGUUUUUUGAUGUGGAUCUGCAAGAAGCAUUAAAAUUAAAAUGUAUAUGUCAAGUAUAAUAAAAAACAAGAAUAUGAAAUACUCAGAUUUCUUACAGUUUGGGGCUGUGCUGUUUUAGCCAACUCUGUAAAAACCUGGCAUUUGAUUUUGAUUAUGCAGUGCAUCCAGCCCUUGGGCCUUGUUAUACACCAAUAAAGAAGUUUGUACUCAAGGGGAAGGACUGACACAUCUCACUUGGUUGCACUUAAUAAAUGUGUAUGCAACAUUAGCUUGUGAAGGUAUUUUAAGGCAUUGUAAAAUAUAAUUUCUUUGUUUAAUAAAACAGCCUGAUAUGUAUAACCUCA